AUGAAUCUGACUGACUACGAGAAACUUAAUCUAUCCAAACAAGAGUUGAAAUAUGUCUACAGCCAGAUCGCCAGCAAAACGACAUCCAAACUCGAUCUCCAUCUCCCGACUUCCAAUAACGAUCCCCUCAAAAUCAAAGUCGCCAGUGUGCUAGAGGAGUUUCUAUUGGGAGCUUUUGACAUGGCCAAAUCCGGAUUUGUUGUGGAUGGGAACGAUAUGGGCACUUCCAAAACGGCUAUGUCUGACAUUCUUUCGCUCAAAGCUCGUGAAACCGUAGAACCAUUCGAUUUAGAAACAAAUGCCCGUCUUCGCGACAUCUUGUUGAAGGUGGAACAGGAAACCAUCGAAGUGACUACACUCCGUCGUGAGCUUCCAGCAAGGGCUAAGCAAAUGUACUUGGAAUUGGUAUCCAAUACAGACAAAGAAGUUUCUGCCAUACUUGAAGACCUUGAAAAAGCUGCGCACACAGAAGAAGAAGCUAGUACAGCAGAACUAGAGCGAAUAUUACCCCAUAUAGACGAGUUUGUCAAGGACUACGAAUCACAUAUCCAUAUUCUCAACGAGCUCAAGAGGGCCAUACCGUCCAGAAAGGCGGAGUUGGAUAGUCUUACUGAAACCAUAGAUUUUUUGGAAAAGGCAUACUCACAACAGCAAAAGGAACUUAUAUGA